CGCACUACUUGCCACUCAAGUAUUUCGUUCAUAGAAAUUUAGGAUACACAGCAGAAGAUCGUAGAUCUGGAAAGCACAGCUGUUGUUGAAGAUUUGUGUAAUAGCUUCAAAAGAAAUGGGGAAAAUGGCAUAUCGAACUGAAAAAAUAGAGGGAAUAAAAAUAAAGGUGUUCAAGUGGAUACAAAGUAUCAUAAAAAAUCAUGUUCUUGAUCAUCAUCACCAAUUAGGCUCAUCAUCAAAAUUUGGGUUUCUGGUUUUAAGGUUGAAAAACCAAAUUAAGAGUGGAAGACCCAAAAAUUGUUGCUCCAAGAAUCAUGAAGGACAGACAACAAAGACAACUUUCAAGACAAGUGUUCAGCCUUUCAAGAUUUGUGAAUCUCCAUAUGAGUUAGUUGAAAACAUUGAAUUAGCUUUGGGGUUAUCAGAUUUGUUCUUUAACGACACAAUUCCUCAUUUAGCUAACACAAUUUUUGAUUAUUUGUCGAGUAGCUUUGAGAUUUUUGGUAAAAAAUUGGACUUGUUGGGUACUAAUAUGGAUGAUGAUGAGUUCCACAAGAUUGUUGUAGCUAUAGAUGUGGAUAUGCAGAGUGAACGAUUUGAAAUUAGGUCACAAAGUUCUAAGGAUAUUUGCAGUUUUAAAUUAACCGAUCUGCACGAAACGUUGGUGAAUGAUGGUGACAACUACGGUAGAAAGGGUGUAUAUUUUUUACAAGUUGUUGAGGUUCAAGAAUCUUGUGGCGGGGUUAGUAAAAAGAAAAAAAUUGAUGUGAAUAUGCAAGGUGAAAAAAUUGAAACCGAGUCACAAUUAUCUAAUUAUGUUUGUAGUCUUCAAUCAACUGAUCCAUGCAAAACGUUGGCAAAUUAUGAUGACAGCGAGGACAUAGAGCGCGAAUUUAAUUUACAAGUUGAUAGUGGGAUUAAUAAAAAGAGGGGAAUUGGUGUACAAAAAAUUCUUGUACUUGAAUUAAAGUAUAAUUUUGAUGAUUCUGAUAUUCAAGAAAUCUUGGAUACUCUCUUUGAUUUCUUGACCAAGAAGAGAGGAUUUCGUAAUAAAGUUGAGGUUUUUGAUGGGAAAAUUCAAAAAUUUAGGGAAGUGAAAAGUGGAUUGAAGAUUGUCAAUUUGAAAAAGGAGAAUGUUGUGAGUUUUGAAUUGGGAGAUAUAUGCCCUGUUUGCUUUGAGAUUUUUGAAGAAAAAUCAGUUGUGGUGAUCACACCUUGUUCACAUCUAUUUCAUAGGAGAUGCAUAUUUCCAUGGCUUUCAGAGAACGACACUUGUCCUACAUGUAGAGAAAUUUGUGUUGUAUGAGUAGCUUUUCAUGCUUAUAUUUUUUUAUGAUCUUUUUCCAGCUAUUAAGACAGAUUUAUGUACAACCAAAGUCAUAACUUGUUUGGGAUUGAGGCUAAAUUAUUGUUAUUAUUAUUAAUAAUAAUAAUAU